AUGAAGGCGAUUCAAGAGGAUAAUGUAAACGUCCACUUUACUGCUGCCAAAGCUCUCACGGAUAAUUGUGUCGUUGGCGAGGAUGGGGUGGAACGAGAGGUUGACACUGUUGUUUGUGCCACUGGAUUUGAUACAAGUUAUCGACCACGCUUUCCAAUUGUUGGAAAAGGUGGAAUCAAUAUGCAGGAUCAAUGGAACGAUGAGCCUGACGCUUACUACGGUAUUACAGUCCCAAACGUGGGUCAUCAUAUCAUCCUGGAUCACUUACAUCUGGGAAUUCUUCUAAAAUUCAUUAAGAGCCCAAUUUCUAUCUCUUUAUGGGCCCCGCGUGGCCUGUUCACAAUGGCUCUGUAA